AAGGAACCAGCCCAAACCUUCAAAUUUUGGAGGGCCUCGGUUGGAUCCUGAUAUGUUAUGAGAUCCGCGUCAGGCAGGGGCUAAAUUUGAUGGGACUCGGUUGAUUCUCGAUAUAUUACGAGAUCUGAAUAAGGCAGGGGCAAAAUUCGAUUCGGUUCGAUCCUGAUAUAUUACGAGAUAUGAAUCAGGCGGGGGCUAAAUUCAAUUUAAAUUGGGCGAUUCUUAACUGAAUUAUCAAUUUCCUUGACAAAUCCUUGCACCUGAUGGUUUAUAGAAAACUUUUCAUGUAAAAAAAACCACAGUGGCGCUUUUUUUUUGGGGUUGUUCGGUGAUGGGAAUGAAAUUUGAGAUACGCAACGUCUGAACGUUGCUGACCGACAACCAGUCCAGCCCCAGCCCAAGCCCAAGCCCAAGCCCAAGCCCUAAAACAUAGUGGCACCUAAACGCAGCCCAUUGUGCCUUUUCCACUUGGAAUAUUCCCCUUCACGACCACGUGUCACAAAUUAUCGGCUAGAUUUCGAUCUCAGAAUUGCUCGCGCUCUUUUUUAACAUUCCCAUGCAAAUACGCGCCUCUCCCUCUCAAUUUUUGGGCAUAAAUUUUGCACUGCUCUAAUGGCGAAAAAUGUCAAUGGCUUCACCAUUUAGGGUUUUUGUUAUUGAAAUUAUUUAUCGUUUCAGUCAUUUUUCAUAUGCUACCCUGCCCAAGGUCCUGUUUUAGAUAUAGUUGGGCAAUUUUCUGCAAUUUUUUGCCCUAUUCGGUGUCCGAUUUUCUCCUAUGGACGACACUGGGACUGAUGAUUCUAGACCCCAAUUUCUUUCGUCUCAAAAUGCAGAGUUUCUCAUAAAUUCAGUCGAUGCUUUUCUCUUCGACUGUGAUGGUGUCAUAUGGAAGGGAGACACUCUUAUAGAUGGUGUCCCGGAAACAUUAGAGAUGCUUCGAUCGAAGGGAAAGAAAUUGGUAUUUGUGACAAACAACUCAACAAAAUCGAGAAAGCAAUAUGCGAAGAAGUUUCAAACGUUCGGCAUUUCUGUGAAUGAAGAGGAAAUUUUUUCUUCGUCUUUUGCAGCAGCAGCUUACCUUAAAUCUAUCAAUUUUCCAAAAGAGAAGAAGGUUUAUGUUAUUGGUGAGGAAGGCAUUUUGGAAGAAUUGGAGCUUGUUGGUUAUACAUGCCUUGGAGGACCGGAAGAUGGAAACAAAAGGAUACAGCUCAAUUCGAAUUUCUUUUUCGAACACGAUAAGGAUGUUGGAGCAGUUGUUGUUGGACUUGACCAGUAUAUAAACUAUUAUAAGCUCCAGUAUGGAACACUUUGUAUACGUGAGAAUUCAGGAUGCCUGUUCAUUGCGACGAAUCGUGAUGCCAUUGGUCAUCUUACGUCACAAGAAUGGCCAGGUGCUGGAACCAUGGUAGCUGCGAUAUGUGGAUCCACACAAAAGGAACCUAUUGUUGUUGGGAAGCCUUCAACCUUCAUGAUGGACUUCUUGUUGGAGAGAUUUCAAAUUGAUACUCCUAAGAUGUGCAUGGUCGGAGACAGGUUAGACACAGAUAUCCUCUUUGGUAAGAAUGCUGGCUGCAAGACACUCCUCGUAUUUUCAGGCGUAACCACUACAUCGGAUCUACAGGGCCCCACAAACAGCAUCCAACCUGAUUACUAUACAUCCACGGUGUCUGAUCUCAUGCAAUCUCGUUUAACCAUGUAAUGGUUGAUUUAAGUUAUUCCCUUAUCUGUCAUUUGUCAUUUUUAUUAAAUGUAAAGUCCUUAUUUAUAAUUAUUGUUGUCAACAUAUUAUCCGCAAGGAGUGUAUCGGUUUAAUAUCGUGUUUGUCUUUAGUAUAA